UAAAAGUAAUCAAGGACACCAGACAGGUGCGGCUAACGACAUUACAAGCUCUUGACACAAGACGAUAGAACUACCAUCUGGACCAACAUGUUGCUGGCCACUGUCCUUGCUUUCUGUGCCCUACAAUGUGUAGCGGGGUACACAGUGACCAUUUACCCCGAGUACCUCGUACAGGGAGGAAGAACCAACUUCGACCCUGAUAGGUGGAAUGGCAAAAUGGGUCUGGACUCUAAAGGGAGUUUGCCCUAUGUGAAGAAAACAGGAGCACGUACUGGAAGAUGGCUGAAUUCAGACUUGAGCUAUUUUGACAAAGUGACCGAGGAUCCAAAGCGAAAGGGGUAUCCGAACCCUGCCUUCUUCCAAAACAAGCAGUUUCAACAACAGUUGGUUGAGAAAUAUCUUGACAAUUUGAAUAGAUAUGGAAAAGACAAACCAAUUAUGCUUGAACUGAAAGGUUACCUAUGGCCUCCCUGGAUGGACACAUCAGCCCACAAUGGCCAUUUUCCAAACAAUCUGGAUGCAGCCGCAGAAACCAUAUCUCUGCACGUUCAGGCAAUAUACAACGGCACUAACGGCGCAGUCCCUCCCUAUUUUGAACCAAUCAAUGAACCGAACACUCUUGGAAAGUUGGACGUCGACUGGACCACCAUAGUGAAUGUAUUCGAGCUUGUGGCCAAGAAGGUAAAAGCCAUACACCCCAAGAUACAAAUAGGAGGGCCUGCCUUUACUGCUGGAAUAACGACAAUGGAUAAAUGGGACUUUAAAAAAUGGAGCACAAUGACACAAUUCAUGAAUAUGUCUCUUGGACUGUUCGACUUUUUUUCAUUCCAUCCUUUCAAUCACUUCAGCGUUCAGGGAAGCAGGCAUCACUUUUACGGCCCGAAUGAGGCUAGGAUGGUUGGAACGGUGGACAUGGUAGAAACAUAUGCCAAUAUGAUGACAGGCAAGGAUAUUCCAGUCAUAUUCUCCGCUCAUGGUCUAUCAACGGUCACAGGCAUCGAUGUCCAGAAACCAUCGACCUUCCUGGACUGGGCCUACAUCAACCUUCACAACUCGAAUAUAUUCACCUUUCUUGAGCUUCGAUAUGUGGUGGAUAGGGCAGUUUCCUUCCUCCUCUUUUACACUGAUCGGAAAGGCCAAGAAAGCAUCAACUAUAGUAUCCUGGACAAGCAUUACCACGAGAGAGACAUAGCUCUGGCCUUCCACCUGUGGGAGAAUAUCACCAGCAGUAUGAAGUUCCUCAGAUCCGAGAGUCAGUUCCACCAGGCAGAGCGGCAGAUACAGAGUCAUGCACUUGUGGAACCAAGUUCCAAAAUGCUAACCGUUCUGCUACACAACUAUGACACAGCUCAAGCUAAUGUGACACUAGCUUUUGACAAAGGAUGGGUAACGUUGACCCACGGGACAUCAACCUGUCUGUACCUCAACAACAGGAGGGCCACUCAACUGGACAGGGAAGUACCUGUUCACGUCAAGGGAAAUCAGGUGACUGUCCCUCCAGAAGCCACAUGCUUCCUACAGUUCCCAACGGGUCACACGUUUAAUCACGUUCCUUUGGUCUACGAAACUGUACAUUAUGGAGACAACAUGCUGCUUACAAUACACAGUAAAACAACUCACGCGAACAUCAUGCUCCACAGCAGUGAUCUUCAUCGCAUCAUGACUGCUAGACUUCGCAUUUCAGUAAGUUUACUGGAUCAUGCCGCCAAUUAUAUUCCGGUUUCAACGACAAUUAAUGGAAUUAAGCUGCAGUCAUACUACAUACUACACAACCCCAGUAACAAGGACACCCAGAGGCUUUGGGCAACAAUAGAGUACCAUGUACCUACUGCCAUCCUCAAGAAUGCCAAUGCUGUCAAGAUGACCUUUGCUCAAGACAAAGGUCGCGUUCCUGCAAUUGCUUUGACACUGAGGAAAGGCCAAUGAAGUUCCAGCUGGAUGCCUGGAUAUCAGCCCAUAACGAAUAAAUGGUAUACUCAUGAA